AUGCAUAUACAAUUUCGUUUUAAUGAUCUGAUUGUCAAUUCCAUUAUCAGCCAUUUUAAUCAAUUAAUUCCAACACCAUCAACAACAUCAAAUUCAACAUCGGAUGAAACAAAACCUUCUCAAUCUUCGUUUAGAAGUCGAGAAGCAAUACAAUGUCGUAAUCAACAACGUCAUGAAAAAAGAAAACUUAAAGGACAACAACAUGUAAUAAAAAGAAAAUUACAUCAUCAAUGGACUAUACCACAAAUAAAACAAUAUCUUGAUUCACUUCACGUACGGUAUGCAUAUAUUCCACACUUCUACAACAACAUUCUUCGAUUACAAUUUAAUAACCAACAGGAUCAAGAUUUUGCUGAUAGUAAAUUAAGUAUUGAUAUUUUUGAUGAAAAUCAUUAUAAAAGUUUUAUAAAUGAUCAAGCAUCAUAA